CCGCUGCUCACACUCGCCUUGCAGAAGCCGAGCUGAAAGCAUCAUCCGCUUUGAGCGCUUAGGCUCAGUGAUUACAUCCUCUCAGAGCGAGACAGAGAGAAAGUCCUUUAACUUGCCAGUCUUUAGGUCGAAGUUGCAUUUGUUAUCGAUGCCGGCAGCGCGCCAAUAGGACUUCUUGCUUAUUCUUCUUUUCCUGCUCAUGUGGAAUUUCCUGUAUUGUUGUUCCUGUGUGACUUUGUGUGAAGAAGGGGCUGUCUGUUCUGAGCACAGGGAGUGUUGGCUAUGCGUCUUGGCUCCAGCCUGUAAUGUUUGCACUGACGCCAAAACUCACAGACCGGUGCAGAAUUGAUUAAAACAGAGAAGCUCGGAUCAAAUGGCUGUGUUUCUCACAGCUGAAACGACACAAUGUUCCACUGACCCGAGGCACAGGAGAGGAAUUUCACAAUCGGGACAGCCUUGUUGCUGUUUAUUUCACUGCCGUUUUACGGACAAAGGAAAUGGGAAAUGCUCAUUUGUUGUAAGAAAAAUGAAUAACACGUUUUUGUUUUCGUCUUGAAGUGCACUUUGUGAAAGGGAGGGGAGAUGAUUUGGUUAAUAUUCCUGGUCUCCAUCCUGGAUGGAGCUCUCUCUCAGCUACACUACUCCGUGCCAGAGGAGCAGGAACCUGGCUCGGUGGUUGGGAAUAUUGCAGAGGAUUUGGGACUUGACAUUACCAAACUUUCUGCUCGCCGCUUUCAGACGGUGCCUAGUUCACGGACACCUUAUCUGGAGGUGAACUUAGAGAACGGUGCGCUCGUCGUGAAGGAGAAAAUUGACCGCGAAGAAAUCUGUAAGCAAACCAUCCCGUGCCUAUUGCACCUGGAGGUGUUUCUGGAGAACCCACUGGAGCUCUUUCGCGUGGAGAUUGAGGUGAUGGAUAUCAACGACAAUCCACCCAGCUUUCCUGAGACAGACAUUUCCGUCGAGAUAUCGGAAAGCGCCAUCCCGGGGACCCGUUUCCCGGUGGAGAAUGCCUUCGACCCUGACGUGGGCACAAACGCGCUUAGCACAUAUGCCAUCACGAAUAAUAAUUAUUUUUACCUUGACGUGCAGACACAGAGCGACGGGAACAAGUUCGCAGAGCUGGUGCUGGAGAAGCCGCUGGACAGGGAGCAGCAGGCGGUGCACCGCUAUGUGCUGACGGCUGUGGAUGGGGGCAUGCCCCAGCGGACGGGGACGGCUCUCUUGGUGGUUAAAGUUCUGGACUCCAAUGAUAACGCGCCCACCUUUGACCAGUCUGUGUACUCUCUUAACCUGCGAGAAAACUCUCCUGUGGGCACUCUGGUCAUUCAGCUCAACGCCACGGAUGUUGACGAGGGGCAAAACGGGGAAAUAGUUUAUUCUUUCAGCAGUCACAACGCCCCGCGGAUAAAGGACUUAUUCAACAUUGAUGCCAGAACAGGUAGGAUAGAGGUUGCAGGUGAGGUGGACUAUGAGGAGAGCAGCACGCAUCAGAUUUAUGUCCAGGCUAAAGAUCUGGGGGCUAAUGCGGUCCCCGCGCACUGCAAAGUGCUGGUCAAACUCGUGGACGUGAACGACAACACUCCAGAAAUUGGUUUCAGUACUGUGACUGAAUCCGUGAGCGAGCAGGACGCCCCAGGCACCGUGAUUGCACUGUUUAGCGUGUCAGAUCGGGACUCGGGUGAGAAUGGACAUAUGAGCUGCGAGAUAUUAGGAGACGUUCCUUUUAAGCUGAAAUCCUCUUUUAAAAACUACUACACCAUCGUGACAGAGGGAUCACUGGACAGAGAGAACACAGACUCCUACACCAUCACUGUGGUGGCCAAAGAUAAGGGUCAGCCGUCGCUCGCCACCAGCAAGUCUAUUAAAGUGCACGUGUCUGAUGAGAAUGACAACGCGCCCCGAUUUACUCAGGCUGUUUAUGAUGUGUAUGUGACUGAGAAUAAUGUGCCCGGUGCUUUCAUUCAUGCCGUGAGCGCUCUGGACCCUGAUAUAGGACAAAACGCUUUGAUUACUUACUCCAUAUUGGAGUGCGACAUACAGGGCAUGUCUGUGGAUACCUACGUAUCCAUAAACCAGGACACCGGCUACCUUUACGCCCUGCGCUCUUUUGAUUACGAGCAGCUAAAGGAGUUUAGCUUCAUGGUCCAGGCUAAAGACUCGGGUGCUGCUGAGCUCUUCUCUAAUGCCACUGUAAAUGUGAUUAUAGUUGACCAAAAUGACAACGCUCCCACUGUAAUAGCCCCCAUCGGUAAAAACGGUACAGCCAAAGAACACCUGCCGCGCUCUGCGGAGCCUGGCUACCUGGUGACGCGCAUCGUGGCUAUGGAUGCAGAUGAUGGAGAGAACGCACGGCUGUCCUACAGCAUCCUGCGGGGCAACGAGAUUGGGAUGUUCCGCAUGGACUGGAGGACCGGGGAGCUGAGGACAGCCCGCAGGAUCUCUCCCAAGCGGGACCCGCAGGGCUUCUACGACCUGCUGAUUGAAGUGAGGGACCACGGGCAGCCGCCUCUCUCCUCCUCGGCGAGUGUGAGCGUAAUGUUUGUGGACAGCGUGGUCGAAGGCCGCAGCAGGGAUCUUGGUUCGGCCUCCAGGGCAAAAGAUACCUCCCUUGACCUCACCCUCAUUCUCAUCAUCGCCUUGGGCUCCGUGUCAUUCAUCUUUCUCCUGGCUAUGAUCGUGCUGGCCGUGCGUUGUCAAAAGGACAAGAAACUCAACCUGUACACGUGCCUGCUGGCCGGUGACUGCUGCCUGUGCUGUGGCUCGUGCUGUAGCAGACAGGCUCGCGGCCGAAAACAAAAGAAGCUGAGUAAAUCCGACAUCAUGUUAGUUCAGAGCACCAACGUGACGUCAGGGGUCGGGCCCAUGGGGCAGGUGCCCGUGGAGGAGUCUGGUAUAGGCAGCGUGGGAGGGGGCUUCGGCUCCCAUCACCACCAGAACCAGAACUCCUACUGCUACCAGGUGUGUCUGACUCCAGAGUCCGCCAAAACGGAUCUGAUGUUCCUCAAACCGUGCAGCCCCUCCCGCAGCACUGACACGGAUCACACCAACCACUGCGGCGCCAUAGUCACGGGCUACAGUGACCAACAACCGGACAUCAUAUCCAAUGGAAGUAUUCUCUCUAAUGAGACAAAACACCAACGAGCAGAACUCAGCUACCUGGUGGACAGACCCAGACGGGUCAACAGUUCGGCAUUCCAAGAGGCAGACAUUGUCAGCUCCAAAGACAGUGGUCACGGUGACAGCGAACAGGGUGACAGUGACCACGAUGCCACCAACCGGGGUCAUUCAGCGGGCACUGACCUCUUCUCUAACUGCACAGAGGAGUGCAAGGCCCUAGGCCACUCUGACCGCUGCUGGAUGCCAUCCUUUGUGCCAUCCGACGGGCACCAGGGGCCAGACUACCGCAGCAACCUGCACGUCCCUGGCAUGGACGCCACACUGCCUGACACUGAGGUACCCUCCUCUGUCAACCUCUCCGACCAACUCACCAUGACUUCGUCUACCGUCUCGUCCAACGAUAGGUCAUUCUUCACCUUUGGCAAGGACGGUCAAAGGUCACAGUCACACCACUGCCUUCACCAUCACCUCCAUCAGCAACAACAGCAGUACAGCUCCAGCAUGCUAGAGAGGAAAGAGUAUGAUAGGGGGACCCUACCGUACAAACCCUCCUUUCUCUCCCACAAAAGGAUUUGCUAGCUCAUUUCACGUUGACCUGUCGGAGACAGCGUGAAUUUCUGUGCUAGACCACCAACACUGAUGCUGGAGACAGCGACAUAAAACCACACAAACAGCAACCUGGACAACAGCAACCUUGAUUAAGCAUCAUUAUCUUGGGUGGCGAACUGUAACGAAGCCUUGGCAGUGGUCGCCGAGGGAGCAGAGGACAACUAAAUACUGAGUAGCUGUAAACCUCUAGAUAUCUGAGGAGCAAUCCAAGGCCUUAUUCCUCUCAGCAGGACUGAGACCAGGGCCCAAAUACUUGACAUGUGAAAAUUAUAAAGUCAUCAGCAGACAGAUGGAGAGGAACUGACACAAUCAGAGGAAUACAAAACAAGGAGAGGGGCCGAUGAACUCACAAAGGUGGGUUUUGUUUUAACUAAGGAGUUAGCCUCUAGAGAUCUCUGUGUGUGCCUGUUUACAUGAAGAAAAAUACAAAUGUUUCUGUACAAACGUCAACCAAUGUCACACGGAACCCUUUAGCUAUUUCUAUGGUCACCACUAAGCCAACUGUACAGAGACUA